AUGGCCGACUCUGGUGCUUUUCACACCGCUGCAGGCACCCCACAGCCUGCCGAGGACGAUUUGAGCUUUGCCUUACGGCUACUGCUUUUCGAUUUUAAUGAGCAUGUCUCCCUCAAAUGUGGCAAAAAGGUCUUCAAAUUUAACAAGCAUAAGCUGGUCGAGGACUCUGAAUACUUCAGAGCAUGCCUCAACAACUCCACCUUCGUCGAAGGCAGAACUUCCGUCAUCGAAUUCGACGACAUUGAACCAGAGCUUCUCGACACUUACCUUCAAAUCGUCGAUGUAACAGAUACGUGCGAUCCAAUCGACGUCGAGCAUUUCCUAGUCAGCAGCGAGUGGGACAACGAAGCUAUGGACGACAUCAUUCCCAUGAUCGAAAUGUACCGACUUUCCGAUCGUUUCAUGAACAAGUCUAUGCGUGUCAAACUGAGCCAGUCGAUUCUAGAGGACAUGCAGAAGGGAACAGUCGCCAAGGUCAACAAGUCAUCGCCAGAGGGUAUCAAAUGGUUGUUUAACACAUACAAGACCGCAUAUGACACCUUGGAUCCCAGCAUUCCCGAUGAGGCCAAUCUCCAGUCUCAAAUUGCGGAGAUUUGCUGUCGUCAGAUCGGUAUUGAUAAGACCUGCGCUCUUAUCCAUACGUCCCCCGAGAGUGAGGCUUUUCUGGAGGCCGUGCUGAUGGCCGCGACUCAACUUGUGUCUACUCUCUUGGAGCAGAACAAGUCCCUCGGCGUGAAGGUCAAGCGUGUCAAAUUGGAGAACCGGAAGCUGAGAAAAUUUAUCCGCCACAUGGAUGAGGAGGAAUACCGCGAUUGGCUUGCCAACUGUGAUGGUAUGGAUCUUGAUGGCUAUUCCUUCCCUGGGGACCUUGACGAUGAUGUUUGGUUUGUUGCAAAUGGAGGCUAUGAGGAUGAGGAUGAUGAGGAUGAAGAAGAAGAUGAUGAAGAUGAUGUUGAAGAUGAUUUGCAUCAAGCAGAUCAUUGA